GCCGGCGUCGGCUGCGUCUCCGGGCAUUUGAAUUGCGCUUCCGCCAUCUUUCCAGCCCUCAGUCAGACGGGCCGGAGACGCUUCUGGAAGCACCAGCGCGAUGGCUGCCCAGGGAGAGCCCCAAGUCCAGUUCAAACUCGUGUUGGUUGGCGAUGGGGGUACCGGGAAGACUACGUUCGUGAAACGUCAUCUGACCGGUGAAUUUGAGAAGAAGUAUGUAGGUACGUGGGGGCGACGCGGGUGCGGGAUGCGCGUGGGGCGUCGUUCGUGGGCUAACGUGACGUGUUGUGUUGCAGCCACCUUGGGUGUGGAGGUCCAUCCCCUCGUGUUCCACACAAACAGAGGGCCCAUCAAGUUCAACGUGUGGGACACAGCCGGGCAGGAGAAGUUCGGGGGGCUCAGAGACGGCUAUUACAUCCAAGCCCAGUGUGCCAUUAUAAUGUUUGAUGUCACAUCACGGGUUACUUACAAGAAUGUGCCUAACUGGCAUCGAGAUCUGGUACGAGUGUGUGAAAACAUCCCCAUUGUGCUGUGUGGCAACAAAGUGGACAUUAAGGAUAGAAAAGUUAAGGCAAAAUCUAUUGUCUUUCACCGAAAGAAGAACCUUCAGUACUAUGACAUUUCUGCCAAAAGUAACUACAACUUUGAAAAGCCCUUCCUGUGGCUUGCGAGAAAACUAAUCGGAGACCCUAACUUGGAGUUUGUCGCCAUGCCCGCUCUCGCCCCGCCAGAGGUGGUCAUGGACCCGGCGUUGGCAGCGCAGUACGAGCACGAUCUAGAGGUUGCUCAGACGACUGCUCUCCCGGACGAGGACGACGACCUGUGAGAGCGGCUGGAGCCGGCGUCAGAAGUCUAGUUUUAUAGGCAGCUGUCUGUGAUGGCAGUGGUGCGGUGUGUUUGCCACUUUAUUACAUAGCUGAGCAGAACGUGUGCUUCGUCUUGGGGAUGCUGAAUGAAGGAGACGGAUGGGCUUUGGAGUGAAUGUGGCAGUUGAAAAAGUACCUUCAUUUUUUGGACCUGCAUAUUUAGCUGUUUCGGAGCGCAGUUGUUUCCUUCCUGAGUUUCAAAUAUAAGACUGCUACGGUCACAGUAUCCAGUGGUGAAAUUCAUUGUCACUGUCCUUCCCAUUCCUUUUCGUUUAGAAUCAGAAUAAAGUUGUAUUUCAAAUAUCUAA